AUGGCGACCGUUAAUAGACCGACCGAUGUUAAGCAGAAGGAGGCCGACGUAAAUCGCAAGCUUCAGCUAUACGGCAUCGUCAAUGCCUUUCAGAUCGGCAAGGCCCCCUCUAACGACCAAAUCGAUGUCGCCCUUAACAGCUUCCUCACUUCGAGAGCGCUAGCAAGCCCUUCUAAGAAGCUCUCGCCGGAGGGCCAGGAACUUGUAUCCGAUUUCAAGGAUGUCGUGAACCAGGCCAAAAAGCUGCUCCUGUCCAAGAACGAGGGCAACCUUCUCCAGGACUUUAUCUGGCAGACCCAGCAGUUCGAUGCCAAGACUAUAAACACGCCCGAUGCCCCCGUAGAUAAAGACACGGCGAGGCAGCAGGGUGACCAGGCCCUCGAGGGGCUUCGGACUCUGGGCACUCUGAUCAUCACGAACGGCCAGUUCCGCAAGCUCCUGAAGGAUGCUGCCACCUUACUGCGCGACAUUGCUGGCGAUGUCGCGACUAAUGCUGCAGGUAAGGUGAGGCCUUCGUCGGAGGACCUUGCUCAGAUCGACCAGCCUGCCGAGGACAACACGUGGCAUGAUGCCCCCGAUCUAUCUAAAGGCGCGUUCAAGUCAAGGUUUCAAGGGAUUAGUAAGGGAAAAUCGGCCGAAGACGUAGACGGCACCGUUGCUUCGGGUGCCCAAGCCACUGGUCAGUCGGAAGCGUCGACGGCGGACAGUAUCGCCGGACCUACAACACAGUCUGAAUCCGAUGUGGGCCCGGAGAUCCGAAAAUCUGCAAAGCAAACAGCCUCCGAGUACAAUAAGCGCGCCAGACAGUACCUAUCCGAGAGAAUACCCGAGGAACGCCGCGACCAAACCAUCUGGAGGCUCAAGAAAAUGGUAGUCGAGUGCCAGCAACACCCUGAUUACAACCAAGCUAUCUCUACGUUGCUCGAUUUGGCCGCGCAGUACGGCCAUCACACUCAAGUGCUCGCGUCGGGAGGUAAUAGCACUUUUAGAGAGACGCGAUCCAGUCUGGCCGCCGCUGAAGCCGAUCUGAAGACCCUCGUCGAACGAUUCGCCAAUGGGACAUCUAGUGACGACCUAUGGGCUGCCGUUAACGCCAUCUAUGAUGCUGCAAACAGGGAUGACGAGCUCAAGGACUGGUUCAAAUCCGUCGACAGCUUCAUCCGCAAAUGCCUGCAACAGCAGGGCUACAUUAUGGACGACGAUACCUGCAACGAAGAGUGGCACUAUCUGUAUGACCACGGCAACUACCUACUAAGGCAAAAGUACAAGAGCAACACAGACCGUGUCGUCGACGAGGUUAAGUUCCUAGCCGACCAGUUUGAACAGGAUGCUCAAAAUAAAGCUUUCGCGACAUCCCUUGAAAAGCUCUUCAAGGACCUCGGUAACGGCGAGAACGGCAGGGCGGUCUUUAAGCCGCAUCUUAUCAAGGACCUGACGGGGGUCAUCCUCCCGGCUGCCUUUGAGAGGAUCGCCUACAUACCGAUCCCGCGCAUCGAGUACUCGGAUCCCGAGAUCGACGCCGUGGUGGAGAACCUCGUCCUCGAGAGCGACAACUUUAUGCCGAACGUCCUCGAGGUUUAUAGCGAUAACUACUUCCGCUGGGGGCGUAAGAAGUUCACCAGCGUUAAUAAGAACUCGAUCGACGUCAAGGUCGCCGGGAUCCAGAUGGACUUACGUGACGUCAGCUUCUACGUCAAGCGCAAGAGAGGAUUUCCCUCCCUCACUGACACGGGUGUUGCUCACAUAAAGAUGGGCGGCGAUGGGUUCUGCUUCCGCCUGAAGCUGUCCACCGCGGAUGACAAGGACAGACAACACUACUUCAAGAUCGACAAGGCCGAGGUGGACGUUACGGACCUAGAGAUCAAGCUUGUCAAGUCUAAGCACAAGAUUCUGUUUGCUCUAUUCAAGCCCAUCAUGUUGAGGGUUCUCCGCCCGGUCAUUCAGAAGACUGCCGAGAAACAGCUCAAGGAGCACUUUAGUCAAUUCGACCAGCUGCUGUAUCAAAUCAAGAAGGAGGCCGACCGUUCUCUCGAAGGAGCUCGCCACAAUCCCGAGAACGCCCCCAACAUCUUUAAUCGUUACGUUAAAGCCGCCCAGAAGCAGUUGCUUCGGGGCAAGAAGAAGGCCGAGGACAAGGUGGCUGACAAGGUCGUCAACCUGACCGUCACCAAGGAGGACAGUAUCUUCCCCAACAUCCGCCUACCGGGGGGUAUUAGCUCUAAGGCUACGGAGUACAAAGAGCUGGCACGGAAGGGUGACAGGUGGGAGAGCCCUGUAUUUUCUAUCGGCGCUGCUUCUAAGAGCACGGACACCCCUUCCGCGCCGGAGGUGGUCCAUAAACCACACGCUGCCAGCGGCAUCACCAACGGGAACUAUGUGAACGGCAACCAGGCCGAUGGUGGACGGUCGUAG